ACAACAUUGGACGCUUCUGCGAGUAGUGCAAGGUUACUCAGAACAACGCGAAUUCAGAGAUUUCGGAAGUUAGAGACGCGACUUCACAGCAUUCAGUCAAAGGCUGGCUGGCUGACAAGUCCAAGUUUAAGCUCGGGGGUACCGGUGGCGGGUACCGGCAUAUGCUCUCAUUGUGACGACGUCUCGUUGUAGAAUCUCAGUUCAAAAUUCUGAGAAUCUACUCCGAGUCAGCGUCUAAAGAUACGUAACGAGGGAACUGUGAAGAAGAGCGGGGGAACUUGAGCUGCAGCGCAGCGUAGCUCGAGCAGAGUGGCAACAAACAGAAAUGCUCCGUUCUUAGUCGUGGCUCCCGGCCCAACUGCAUGCCAGUAAUUAGCAAUGUUGAGGAGUCGGUGGAGCUCUCGAAGGCUUGUGACUGCGAGGGGAAUGAAGUUUAUCGUCUUGGUCGUUGACUCUUGAGAUUGAGUUGGUGCAGUGGACCUGGGAACAUGUGAGUCCAGUCUCGAAUUUCGAAGAAAGAUGCACUGAAGCAGAGCUGUAAUCUGAGUUGAGACUGGACUGUGACUAAAUUCAGUCGCCCGAGAAAAUCUAUGAAUUCCUUCGCAGGUGGUGGGAAAUUUUGCAGCUUGUGGCACCUCUUUUUGCCGUUGCAGUUCAGUAGCAAACAGGGAGGCAGCCGACAUUGAUGGAGAGAAGUGUUGGGCAGACGUGAAACAGAACUGGGGGUACUUGAAACCUCCAGAAACCAUCUGCGUUUGUGUCCACAAAUUGUUACAUUUCUGUGACAAUUUUGUUACCAGCAGAGCCACAGUUACGUAGAAUCAUGGGUCCAGUUCUUGGAGAAGCCGAGUGGAAGGACUAUGGUGGUAAUAUCAUUGUAAGGUCGUACCCGAACGGCAGAAAAACUGUAAUAUAUGUCGCCCCUGACGGGUCGAAGCUGCGAUCGUGGAAAACUUGUUUGGCCUACAUGGAGGAGAGUCCGAAGUCUGAGACCAACGGGACAUCAACGAAAUCCCUGCCAACAAAGAAGGAUCAAAAGCCGAGUAAAACCGAGAAAGUAAAUGGGGAGUCUGGUCAUGUUUCAGCCUCCGAUCACGAAGAUGGUGAAAGAAAAUCUGUUGCAGUGGAUUUUGCUUCCGAGCUAAGAAAAGCUUCAAACUCAUCAAAAUCAAGCCCCAAGGAGGUCGCGGCCAUCGCUUGUGAGGGUGCAGACGGAUCUGUGAAAGAUUUAUGUAAGAUGAAGAAGCAGAAGGUGAAGGCCGAGACUCUAUCUGAGAGUUCAUCAGGUGUAUCAUCGGAGGAUUCAAAGGGUGCGAGUAUGAGAAGCAGGAAGCGAGUAGGUGAUUCUUUUGGAGAAUCUGCAGAGUGCAAGAAAGCUAGAACCACUGACUGUCCACCUGGCCUUGCUAGCAAAGAUAAUCCAGCGGAUUCGAGUGGAAGAUGUGAGGCAGAUACCGAGGAGGAGAUAACGCCUCAAUACUCAUCCAGACGUCCAAAGAGAGCGGCUGCAGGGACAAACUUCAAAGAGAAGAGGAUACGAUUAGGCGAGAGAGACGCGAGGAUUGAUGCCAAGAAAGAACGUUACGCUGAAGAUCAAACCACCAUGCUUAUGAUGACCCGUUCGGAAUCUGAUGGAUCAGAGGUUCAACAACGAACUGUUCUAGAUUUUUAUCUCCAUGAUGGCCAUGGAAGACUCAGGCCUGUGGAUCCCAUGGAGAAUGGAACCUAUCUUUCAGGACUUUGCAUUUCGAAAGACGGAGCCUUGGAUAAAGACAAAGGUGUUCGCUGUGACUCUCUUGGUCCUGUCCACUCGUGGUCGAUCAUGGGCUACGAUGAAGACCGGGUAGAAAUUGUGCUCUCAACAAGCAUGGCAGAUUAUUACUUGGAUAGGCCUGCAGCGUGUUACAGAAAGAUCUACGGUCCUCUAUUUGAUAGUGCCCGGGUAUGUCGUGAAGUCUAUAGAGCUCUGUCUUUGCCUGAUGGUGGAGACCCAUCGAUGGGUCUUCCUGAUCUUGAACUUCGGCUCAUUAGAUUGUACAACAAUAUGGGUACAUCUGGCCAGUUCUUCAGCCGAGACUACUUGUCCGACAUUGGAGAGUUCGUAGCUACACAGUUGUACGCCUUGGAUGCAGAUGCUCCAGAUGGAUCUCAGCUUUUCAGUGGUUUGGGAUGUCUGGAGGAACUGAAACACUUAUCUGCAAAUCGUAGGCAACGUCGACUAGGAGGCGAGGACUUGCAUGCUGGAGCACCCCUUGCGGAAAAUGAAACUGCGGAUGGAUCUCCCUUGGGAGAUGAUUACAAGCUCGCUCGACGUCUCCAAAAUGUAAUGGACUUGGCCAGUAACCGCCCAGCCAGACGAACUCCAGCCGCCAAGGGGAAGUUCUAUGUCAAAAUAAAUGAGAACGAGAUCGCAAACGACUAUCCGGAGCCCGAGUAUUAUAAGUCGGAUGAACCUGAAACUGACGAAUACGUCAUGUUCGCUGAAGAUGUUCAUCCCGACGAUGAGGAUUUUCCACAUCGCUUUCUUGACAACUGGACACUUUAUAAUUCGGAGAUGAGGUUAGUUUCCUUGGAGCUAUUGCCCAUGCUCCCAUGUGCAGAAAAUGAUAUGCAGAUCUUUGGUUCCGGAGUUAUAUCCGAGGAUGAUGGCUCCGGAUACUACCAUGAAGAAGACGGAGGUGGAAGAAGCAUUCAAGAUGAAGAACGCGGUGGCUUUCGGGUUUUUUUGAGUGCUGUGAAAGAGUGGAAGGUGGAGUGGGGAUCAGGAAUGCUUAUCAUAUCGUUCAGGACAGAAGUAUCUUGGUACCGGCUCGGCACUCCCUCCAGACAGUAUGCUGAUUGGUACAAACCGGUGCAGAAAACUGCCAAAAUUGCAGUUAAGAUCAUAACUAUGCUGAAGGAUGAGAAUCGAGUUUCACGUCUUUCUUUCAACGAUGUUAUCAAGAAGCUGACUGAACAGGCUAGAACUGAGCCAACCUGGAUAGCUUCCAAGCAAGCAGAUGUCGAAAGAUAUGUGAUUGUCCAUGGCCAGAUUAUACUUCAACAGUUUGCGGAGUUCCCUGAUCAACUCAUACAGAAAAGUGGCUUCAUUCUUGGAUUAGCUACGAAAAUGGAGCAGAAGAGUCACGAAAAGCUGGCUGUUUCGAAGAGAAGACUCUUGCUGCAAAAAGAAGUCAAUCUAAAUCCAAGAGCCAUUAUCCAGCCUCAAUCUUCUGACGUGGUCAAAAAGGAGAAGAAAGCACCAAUGCGAGCUACAACUACGCAACUAGUUAAUCGGAUCUGGAGUAAUUAUUUUGGUUCUGAUGCCUCUGAUGCUUGCCCUCCAUGUGAAGAUGAGAGCAAUGCCAAGGAUAGUGAGAUUGUAGCUGUAGAUGUUGUGGACGGAGACGAUUCGGACGAUGAAGUAGUUGAGGUAAUUUCGCCGCCAGUGGGUUUGAGCCCACAAAAAUGUACGAGGCCCAAGUCAACAAGAAACAGCAGUACAAAGCAACAGCUGUGGAAGUCCUCUAGUUCUAAAGUGAAGUGGGGAGAUGAGUCCUCACAUGAGACCCGAGAAGGCUGUCCAGUAUACAAGAAGGCUCUGUUUUCAGGCCUAGAGCUCAAAGCCGGCGAUGCAGUUAGCAUCUCUGGUGAAUCUGCAUCACGACGUUUUCUGAUCGAGUACCUCUACGAUUCAGACGAUGGGCCCAUGAUCCACGGACGCAUGCUCGUGAAAGGUGAGGAGACUAUUCUAGGAGAUGCAGCUAAUGAGCGAGAGCUUUUCCUGACAGAUGCUUGCAGUGAGAUCAGAGUUGCUCAAGUCAAGGAUUUUACACAAGUUGAGAUCAGAAAGCGUAAUUGGGGACAUCAAUUUAGGAAGGAAAAUGCUACUAAAGAUGAAGAGGACAGGAAAAUGGCCAAAGAGCGCAAAAGGAGAGGAUUACCUCAGGAAUAUUUCUGCCGAUCUUGGUGGUCACCUGAAAACGGUGCAUUUUUCAGUGUAUCAUCCGACGCUUUAGGUGUCGGGAGUGGCAUUUGUUCUGCUUGUCAGGCGAGGGAAGAUUGUGAAAAGAAGAUGGAGGUCGAAAUAUAUCCAGAAGGCAGAGGAUUCCGUUGGCAAGGGGUCGAAUACCGCAUCAACGAUUAUAUGUAUCUGGACCCAGAGGCUUUGAAACUUUCUAAGCCAUCCAGUAAGCCGUCAGAAAACACUACUCAUAAGGGAGGUCGUAACAAAGGCCUUCACGCAUUCAUCAUUUGCCAGCUUCUAAGUGUAACCUUACCUCCGACGGCGAAUUCGAAGACAAAAUCUUGCUCUAUGUGUGUGAGAAGAUUCUACAGACCGGAAGACGUUGACAAUAUGAAAGCCUACAAGUCUCAGCUUCACGAAGUAUACUACAGCGAAGAUACAUACACGGUAGAUAUAUCCAACAUUCGUGGAAAAUGUGAGGUUCGGCGGAAUGUACAUAAUCUUGACACAAGCAAGGGCGUUUUCGACCACGUUUUCGUCUGCGACUACGUCCAUGAUCCGAAAACACAAACGAUCAAGCACUUGCCAGCUAAUAUCAAGCUGGGUUCUUCCGAUAAAAAAGUAGACACGACGUCCCUUCGCACAACUAGAGCCAAAGGGAAAGGUAAAGCAAGAGUUGAUGACGAGGUUCAAGAACAACAAAAUCUUGAAGAGGAGAAAUCACCACCUCUAGCGACACUGGAUAUCUUUGCUGGGUGCGGUGGUCUUUCUGAAGGAUUACACCAGUCAGGAGUUAGCGAGACGAAGUGGGCAAUCGAAUACGAUCGGGAGGCCGCUGAGGCCUUCAAAUUGAAUCAUCCAAGCUCAGAAGUUUUUUGUGAUAACUGCAACGUUGUACUGAGAGCUAUCAUGGAAAGAGGAGGGGACUUGGAUGAUUGCGUAUCUACUCCUGAGGCAGAUGAUUUGUGCUCCAAAAUGGAAGAGAUCAAGAAGAGCAAGCUUCCAAUUCCAGGAGAGGUUGACUUUGUGAACGGAGGACCGCCUUGUCAGGGCUUCUCUGGAAUGAAUCGUUUCAGUCAAAGAGUAUGGUCUAAAGUACAAUGUGAGAUGAUUCUAGCGUUCUUAUCCUACGCCGACUAUUUCCGUCCUCGAUACUUCUUGCUUGAAAACGUUCGGAACUUCGUCUCAUUCAACAAGGGCCAAACUUUCAGAUUGACUAUGGCCUCUCUGCUCGAGAUGGGUUAUCAGGUACGGUUUGGCGUGCUACAAGCUGGGAACUUUGGUGUUUCUCAGUCUAGGAAGAGGGCAUUCAUCUGGGCAGCAGCUCCAGAUGAGGCAUUACCGAAUUGGCCUGAGGCCAGACACGUCUUUGCAAGCUCACAGCUAGGAAUUACUUUGCCUGGUGGUGGGCAGUACGCCGCAGUGAGAGACGCAGGGCUGGGUGCUCCUUUCAGGGCCAUCACUGUCAGAGACACAAUUGCUGACCUUCCCGCGGUGGCUAACGGUGCUGACACCCAAAAGACAGUCUAUACCGAACCUGCUCAGUCCUGGUUUCAAAUGCAUACUAGAGGGAAGACCGACGUAUUGACUGAUCAUAUCUCCAAGGAGAUGAAUGAACUGAAUCUGAUUCGCUGCCAGCGUAUUCCCAAAAGGCCCGGGGCCGAUUGGCGCGAUCUUCCUGCCGAGAAGAUAAAAUUGUCCACCGGACAACUCGUCGACCUCAUACCCUGGUGCCUGCCCAAUACGGCCGCUCGGCACAACCAGUGGAAGGGUCUCUUCGGACGUCUUGAUUGGGACGGCAAUUUUCCCACUUCGAUCACCGAUCCUCAGCCCAUGGGGAAAGUAGGAAUGUGCUUCCAUCCCGUUCAAAAUCGAAUCGUCACAGUCCGAGAAUGUGCCCGCUCUCAGGGAUUUCCCGAUUCUUAUAAAUUCGCCGGUAAUAUCAUCUGUAAGCAUCGGCAAAUUGGUAAUGCUGUACCACCACCUCUGGCUUGUGCCCUGGGGUACAGACUGAAGGAGGCACUGAACUCAAAGAGAGGCUCGACCGGCUGUUGAUCUAUUUCUCGGUAAAUUUCUUAGGCGAUGGUGUGAUCUCUCUCUGUACGUAAGUUAUUUCAUGCAAAAGUCUUACGUUGCAGUUAGGGGAAAUUCAGAACAUUAAUAAGUCACAAGAAAAAUCAUAUGCAGACCAAGAAUUCAGCUUGUAACAUAAGAUCUACUGUGUCCAAGGCGUUCACUCUUAGUCUACCGUAUCGUCUUUUGAGACAAACAAGACGUACACAAAAUUCAUACAUCUGUAAUAUUCUCAAUUGUAGGAUCUCAUAUAGAUUCAAAAAAUUAAUGCUCAAAAUCGAAACAUGAAUGCCUUACUCGCCUGUCAUGAGAUAUCAGGACAGAAGAAGCGCUUGCAAUCUUCGUGGUAGAGGAUUUUAGAGUAUAUUUAGGUGAAUGCUAUUGACAUUUUUUCGUAUUAUCGAUGGGUGGAAAGGAAUUAACCAAGGUAAAUAUCUAUUCCAAAAAUUGAAAAUUAUGGUUAUGUAACCUCGGUAGUUAUUUGGAGCUCGAUUCAGAAUACUCAGGAGG